AUGAUCGGACCUCGUCUUCUGGGUCUCGGGCUGUUGGCCGGGCUCAGCUCGGCCGCCAUCGCGCCCAAGGCUGUCGCUGUCACUGUCGAACGCCCUUUGAGCGAGUGCCCUGGCUACAAAGCCUCCAACGUCAAGACCACCUCAUCCGGGCUCACGGCCGACCUGUCGCUGGCCGGUCGCGCGUGCAACACCUACGGAACGGACUUGGAGAAACUCCGUCUCGAGGUCACCUACGAGACUGAUAACCGCAUCCACGUCAAGAUUCAGGACACCAACGAUGCUGUCUUCCAGGUCCCGGAAUCUGUGUUUCCUCGUCCCAAGGGCUCUGGAUCGAACGCUAAGCGGUCGGUGUUGGAGUUCAAGUACAAGACGAAUCCCUUUUCGUUCUCAGUCGUCCGGCGCAAGACCGGUGAGGUUCUGUUUGACACAUCCGCCGCCCCCCUCGUCUUCGAGUCCCAGUACCUGCGCCUGAGAACCAAGCUUCCCAACAACCCCAACCUGUAUGGCCUCGGUGAGCACUGGGAUCCGUUCCGUCUCAAUACCACCAACUACAUCCGCACGAUGUGGUCCCAGGACUCGUUUGCCACGCCUGAGGGGGCAAAUUUGUAUGGCAGCCAUCCCGUGUACUACGAGCACAGGAAGACGGGCACUCACGGCGUCUUUUUCCUCAACUCCAACGGCAUGGACAUCAAGAUCGACAAGAACAAAUCAGGACAGUUCCUCGAGUACAACACCAUCGGAGGCGUGUUUGACUUUUACUUCAUGGCCGGCCCAACCCCGAUCGACGUUGCGCGCCAGUAUGCCGAGGUCGCGGGACUCCCCGCCAUGAUGCCGUACUGGGGUCUGGGUUACCACAACUGCAGGUAUGGCUACCGUGACAUCUAUGAGGUCGCCGAGGUAGUAUACAACUACAGCCAAGCCCAGAUUCCCCUCGAGGUCAUGUGGACAGAUAUCGACUACAUGGACCAGAGAAGGGUAUUUUCCAACGACCCCGAGAGGUUCCCGAUGCCCGUCUACCGAAGUCUUGUUGACCACCUCCACAAGAACCAGCAGAAAUACAUCGUGAUGGUCGAUCCCGCUGUCGGAUACGCCGAUUAUCCUGCUUAUCAUCGUGGUGUCGAGGACAGCAUCUUUCUCAAGCGCGACAACGGAUCCGAGUAUCUUGGUGUCGUCUGGCCUGGUGUCUCCGUCUUUCCUGACUGGUUCUCUUCGAACAUUACCACGUACUGGAACAACGAGUUUUCUCUGUUCUUCUCCAGAGACACCGGUGUCGAUAUCGACGGCCUCUGGAUCGACAUGAACGAGCCCUCCAAUUUCCCCUGCUUCUUCCCCUGCAGCGAUCCCUUCGCGGCUGCCGUCGGUUUCCCGCCCACCCCGCCACCUGUGCGCAGCCACUCCGAGCGCCCUCUCCCAGGCUGGCCGUGUGAAUUCCAGCCAGAGGGCACCCAGUGCAAGCGCGAUGAAGUGCCCCAGAUCGCGGCUCCAGCUGCUCGGGAUGUUGUCCCCCUCAGCAACCCCCACGCCGGUCCCGUGACCAAGUGGAAGGGUCUUCCCGGUCGUGACCUGUUGUUCCCCAAGUAUUCCAUCCACAACAAGGCCGCCUACAUGGAUUCGUGGAACGCUGACAAGGGCGGCAUCUCCAACAAGACCGUGAACACAAACACCAUUCACGAGAACGGCCUCGCCGAGUACGAUGUCCAUAACCUUUACGGCUCCAUGAUGUCAACCUUUUCCAGCGAUGCCAUGCUUGCCAGACGUCCCGGUCUUCGCCCCCUGGUCAUCACUCGUUCCACCUUUGCCGGCGCCGGCGCUUCAGUCGGCAAGUGGCUGGGAGACAACGUUGCCGACUGGGCUGCUUAUCGCGGAACCAUCCGAGCCAUGAUGGCAUUUGCCGCCAUCUACCAGGUUCCCAUGGUCGGUGCUGAUGUGUGCGGUUUCGCUGGCUCGACCACGGAGGAGCUCUGCGCCCGCUGGGCCACCCUUGGUGCCUUCGCUCCGUUCUACCGCAACCACAACGAGUACCCCCCUGCCAUCUCGCAGGAGUUCUACCGCUGGGAGAGCGUUACCAAGGCCGCCCGCAAGGCCAUUGAUAUCCGCUACCGCCUUCUCGAUUACAUCUAUACCGCCAUGCACAAGCAGACCGUUGACGGCACCCCCCUCAUCAACCCCGUCUUCUACCUGUACCCCAACGACGCCAACACGUUCGGCCUUGAGAACCAGUACUUCUAUGGCCCUGGCCUCCUCGUGGCACCUGUCACCCAGGAGGGCUCCACCAGCGUCGAGGUGUACCUCCCCAAGGAUAUCUUCUAUGAUUUCUACACCCACAAGAAGAUCCAGGGUCAAGGUCGCACCAUCCGCCUCGCGAAUCAAGGUCUGUCCGACAUUCCCCUCUUCCUCCGGGGCGGUGUUAUUGUUCCAGCCCGCGUCAAGUCGGCCAUGACCACCACCGGGGUCCGCGAGCAGAACUUUGAGCUUCUCGUGCCCGUUGGUGCCGAUGGCACUGCCACAGGUACUCUCUACCUUGAUGACGGUGUUAGCGUCGAGCAGAAGGGCACUACCGAGAUUACUUUCCGCUACGCCCGCGGUGUCUUGACGGCCAAGGGCAAGUUUGGCUUCCAGACCAAGGUCAAGAUCACCAAGGUCACCGUCAUUGGAGCUGGCAAGCGCAAGAGAGAUGAGACGGUCGAGACGACGGUGGAGGUUGAGCAGCCGCUCACUGGGGAGUUUGAGAUUACCGUUGGCGAUUUGGAGUAA